CCGGGCGCGCGGCUCAGAUGUCCGGGUAGCCGCGGCUCUGGCGCUCCUCACCCUCCGUCUGCCGCAGCGGGGGCUGGCGGCUCCGGCCCCUGCUAGGCCCCCUUCACCAACCCCAUGCCUCAUCCCUAGCCCCGCCGCCCUCCCCCGCGGGGGGCACUUCCCCGUGCCUCCUGCCCGCCCCGUCCAAGUCGGCCGCCAUGAACGACCAGUACCACCGGGCGGCCCGGGACGGCUACCUGGAGCUCCUCAAGGAGGCCACCCGGAAGGAGCUGAACGCCCCAGACGAGGAUGGCAUGACCCCUACCCUCUGGGCUGCCUACCACGGCCACCUGGAGUCGCUGCGCCUCAUUGUAAGCCGAGGGGGUGACCCGGACAAGUGCGACAUCUGGGGCAACACGCCCUUGCACCUGGCAGCCUCCAAUGGCCACCUGCACUGCCUGUCCUUCCUGGUGUCCUUCGGAGCCAACAUCUGGUGCCUGGACAACGACUACCACACGCCGCUGGACAUGGCGGCCAGGAAGGGCCACAUGGAGUGCGUGCGCUGCCUGGACUCUGUGGCCGCCAAGCAGAGCAGCCUCAACCCCCGGCUGGUGGCCAAGCUGAAGGACAAGGCCUUCCGCGAGGCGGAGCGGCGCGUGCGCGAGUGCGCCAAGCUGCAGCGCAAGCACCACCAGCGCAUGGAGCGGCGCUACCGGCGCGAGCUGGCCGAGCGCUCCGACACGCUCAGCUUCUCCAGCCUCACGUCCAGCACCCUGAGCCGCCGGCUGCAGCACCUGGCGCUGGGCAGCCACCUGCCCUACUCGCAGGCCACGCUGCACGGCACCGCCAGGGGCAAGACCAAGAUCCAGCGGAAGCUGGAGCGGCGCAAGCAGGGCGGCGAGGGCACCUUCAAGGUCUCCGAGGACGGCCGCAAGAGCGUGCGCUCGCUCUCGGGGCUGCAGCUGGGCAGCGACGUGAUGUUCGUGCGCCAGGGCACCUACGCCAACCCCAAGGAGUGGGGCCGCUCCCCGCUCCGGGACAUGUUCGUCUCGGACGAUGACAGCAUCUCCCGUGCCACGCUGGCAGCCGAGCCAGCCCACUCGGAGGUCAGCACCGACUCGGGCCAUGACUCUCUGUUUACGCGCCCCGGCCUGGGCACCAUGGUGUUCCGCAGGAACUACUUGAGCAGCGGGCUGCACGGACUGGGCCGCGAGGACCGGGGACCCGAGGGAGCGGGCCCGCUGCAGGGUCGGCUGCAGAGCUUCCCUAGCCUGGACGACGACAGCCUGGGCAGUGCCAACAGCCUGCAGGACCGCAGCUGCGGGGAGGAGCUGCCCUGGGACGAGCUGGACUUGGGCCUGGAUGAGGACCUGGAGCCGGAGACGAGCCCGCUGGACACCUUCCUGGCCUCGCUGCACAUGGAGGAAGUGGCCACCCUCUUGCGGCAGGAGAAGAUCGACCUAGAGGCGCUGAUGCUGUGCUCCGACCUCGACCUCCGCGGCAUCAGCAUCCCCCUGGGGCCGCGCAAGAAGAUCCUGGGGGCUGUGCGGAGGCGGCGGCAGGCGCUGGAGCGCCCGCCAGCCAUGGAGGACACGGAGCUGUAACCGGGAGCUCCUCUCCCCAGACCAAAGCAAAUUGCCAGUUGCCACAACCCAAGGUGGGCUGCAAGGUCCUCACAGUCGCCAGCCCUGCAGCCCUGAGGGUCCCCUCCCCUGAGUGAAGACCCCCUGGGCGAAGACUGCCUGCGCCAUCUCCCCCCAAAGCCUGACCACGCCUUGAAGCAGAGGGCGGGGCCUGGGGCCGUCGGAGGGCUCUGAGAGCUCCGAGCCGCCCCCAUCUGAGCAGCCAAAAGGGACAAGUGGAUCGUAGUCCCCAGGGACUAGACGACGGGGGUCAGAGCCAGCUGGGAGUGGGGUAGGUCACUGUCUGUCUCAGGCGCCAAUGUCCCACCCCCCCACCUCAUUGGAGGGUCCUGCUCUCUUCUGAGCUCAAGCUGGAGACUUGCUUCCUUCCUACACUUGUAUGAUGGAAAGAGCUCGGGGUACCUUCCCCCCCGGCCCCUCCCCACACAUAUACACCCCAGAGGGGACUGUCCCAGGCCAGCCUCUUCAGCCAAAUGCCCUGACUUGCAGUCCCCACCCUGUCCCCGAGCCUGGCCAGCCCCCUUCUUCCUUACCCACUGGCCUUGGCUGGGGAGCUGAAGUGCCAGGCUGUCCCCCUCCCAGCCCCAUUCCUGGGUACCAGGUCAGAGGGGCAAGGUGCUAGAGCAGCAGGCUGUAGUAUUGGGUCCCCGAGCCUGGCAGCUUGCUCUGGGCUAGAGAAUGGCACCUGCCAGCUGCCUUGGGUCACCUGGCCUGGGACAGGCACUGAGGCAGGGCGUAGCUGGAUGUCAGCCUCAUGUGGGUGAGUCCUGCCACGUGGAUGUUGGAGGGGCCUGGGGGUGUGGGUAAACUAAGCUGCUGGCUGUCCCUGGGUCCCAGGACCAUGUGGGUGGUAGGCAAGCCAGAGCUCACCGUGUGUCCCUGCUCUGUGAUGGUGGUGAGUCUGGGGUGACAGACGUGUGCCCUCAGAGCUCUCCAGACAGACCACGCCAAGGUCAUUGAUGUGGGAGAAGCACUCAGGAACUCACACACGUGUGUGUGCACAUACGUACGCCCUGCAGUCAUGGCCCCCCUUUGGCAGCAAUCCCCAAUUCCUGUCUAUCUACAGUUCCCAUUGGGCAGCCCCCAGCCCCUCCCAGGUCCCCAUGGGGGCAGAGGAAAGAGAACCCCCAAAGAACACUGCAGGCUUCCCCUGGUCUGUCUGUGAAGGGGGCCUCUGGGAGGGGUCCAUCGGGUGUGGGGGCCUUGCCCCCCCAUUCACACACACCCGGAGCCGGGGUGGGGGGAGGAGGUGGUCCCCGCUCCCCACUGCGGGGUUCUGAGGGCUUGGCUGCCUGCCACUGAGACCCUGAGCCCACCCCAGCCCUUCCUCCUAUUCUCUGGGCCUAGGGCCACCCAAGUGCCGACUUGUCUUCCUGGGAGCCCCAGGUACUGCCCUUUCUCUCUUGCACCCCAUUCAUUUACUGCAUCGGCCCCUCAUGCUGGGGGGUGGGGGUUG